AUGUGCAUUAGUGAAGAAGAGGAAGAAGAAGAAGAAGAAGAGGAAGAAGAAGAAGAGAAAGAAGAAGAAGAAGGGUAAUCGAGCCCCGGGUCAUUCUGAUUAUUGUUCCGAGCUUUCGAACUCGUUCAGGAGUCCACCGUCAGAGAUAGUACCAGCAACAGAACAAGCGAAUUAUCGAUCGAUGUCGCGAGACUGAACAGGGCUCUGUACGUCGGCGCCAGAUCGAUAAAUCAACUGACUGAGUUCUCAUCCGAGGUCCAGGCUUCAAUAAAUUCUUGGCCUAAUUUGUUUCUGGCAUGGGCGAUUAUCUUGGUGGCUGCGAAGUGAAAGUCAAGACAAAUUUCGUAGGUGUGGACGGUCACUUGUGAUAAUGCGUCGACUCGUCGCACAGCCAGCUUACGGUCGUGAAUGCGCGAUCCGUGCAUGCGUCUUAUCUAGCCUGUGUAUUUACAAGGAUAGUUUUGGCACGGAAUGUGAUAUAAUACUCCAGAUUGUACUCAUCAGACAUUAACCAGUCUUUAAUUUUCAUGACCCUGCUGCGGAUGGUGGCAUCGAGGCGGUGUGCAAUUUCAACGCCUGACUCCGCAGCAAUAUGCUCGGUUGCAUCUGAAACAUCCCUAAUAUAUGGUAGAGAAUGCCAAAUCGUUGGUGUUAUUGAUGUUUGGGUCCUCUGGGGGCAACGGCUUAUGCAGCGAUUUACGAAUGUCUUCAAACAGUCGUUUUGCAGAAAUUGGUCGGGGAUAUAACGGGCCUCACGUGCUCUUUCCUUCAGUAGAAAAUCCUGCCCUACUUUAAUCAAUUAUUUAAAUAUAUUUCAUUUUAAUGGUUUUGACCUAGAAAAUCCCCAAAUAUUUGUGGUCACAUGCGAGGUGUCUGCGAUAUACUUGAGGAUGUGGGUCAAGGUGAUGUGGAACGCAGGCGAUGAGGGGGCGGCAUUUGUAGGUGGCCUUAUAAUAUGCGCACUGCGAUCGCAAGGCGUCUCUCAGAUGCUAUCCCCUGCAAACCAUGACUACUGAUACGGACUUUGCGAUUGAGGCAGACAGCCGUCGUUGUAUGGCCCACCGUCCUGGUUUCGGGACGACUGCAAGGUCACGCAUCGUCCCCAGGACUGUACUCCUGUAAUUAAACUACGCCGUCCCCCCCCCCGCACCCUCAGACGCUCUGACCUGCAGUCGCCCGACUGACUUUAUUCACCGCGGUCUAAGACAUGCGUCUAGACAGGCGUCGCUGUCCCAAAAUCGAGUGAUGCAACACAUGCCACUUGGGUUCAUGCAGCCUUGAUCUAGCGUCAACGGCGGUAGCAUAGACUCUUUAACUCGUGACUUAUCAUUGAGAAAGAGACGCGAUCGCUAGAAAAGUGUUUUUAUUCGACUGACAUCCCGGAUUCACGCCCGAAUCCAUCGUCAAAGACAGCCUCAGAUACGGAUAAUUCAAGCACACGGGGUCGCAGUAUUCAUAAGAGGCAGUCGCUGUGUUACUCACUGCCUAUUAUAAUUAACAACUCCCACACUUCAUAAACCACUGGUGCGAGGAUUGCUGGAUGAUUGGCAUCCGGAACAUUAAUCGCCGCGAUUUCAUCACCCGUCUUGCAUGUUGACUUGAUGAUUACUCGACCAUCGGGCCCGCCGGGGAGCGUUGUCAUUUCUUCUGCCUAGGUUAAGACUCUACAUCGCAAACAGGGCGAGAAGGGAGUUAGUGGACUAGGGGCCAGUGAACCAUGACUCAGGCAGCUCGCGGCUCGCACGAUUGUCACCUCUUGCGACCAUUUCGGCCUCAUUGAACUUUAAUGUAUGGCCGAGUCCGUCGAAUGAUUCGAGGCAUGGAAGCUGGCGUCAUUUCCUUCAACUACUGCCGCGUGUGCGGCUACUCGCGUCCAGAGUACUCUCACAGUUCUACUUACCUAAUUGCUUUGUCCGCAACUGUACCAGAAACGCCAAACGACUUCAAACGUUCUUCUGUCCUAAGAGUGGGAUUAUUGUUUUGUUAGAUUGCACCUGAUGGUUGCCUCCGGUCCGUGUGUCGUUCCAAUUCCAAGUAAUGCAAGAAGCCGGCUGGCGGUCCCCGGGCCGUCCUUCACGAACAGAAGCGCUCGCCAAAAGUUGGAAUCAGUGCGAUUUAGCCUCGUCUCAUUUGCGUAUACACCGGUUGACAAAGUUGCGCGGGUAGCCAUUUGCCCUGAACAUUUGUCGAAGACAUCAUUGUCUUCCAGUUAACCGCAGUGCGUCUCAUCACGUAGGUGAGUUUCUUUGACUGGUCGGAUGGUUGCUAGCGAAUUUCAGUACUUGCGUCACUUUUCGUGCUUUCCAGGAUACUUUGGUCUCUAGACCACCACGAUCUUGACAGCAGACGAGGUCAUAAUAAAAAUACGAGCUGGUUGUUCUCAUCCUUCUCCAUCGUAGAGUGCAUGUCCAUCAGAAGGCACUAAAAACGUUCUUCGAAAGCCAGCAUUCGAUCCUGUUCGAGGACUACGAAAGCAUUAUUCAUAGAUCGAAUCCAGAAUUGCAGUCUGCGGUAUUUGAAAAAGACCAGCGACUCAGACCGGUGUAGGACCGCCUCGUCCAUGCGCCCCGAAGUUGGCACGACUUUCACCUGUUCGAAGAUAGGUCCGCCAAGCAUGACGGAUGUCCUAAGACAAAACUCCAGGACGUGAAAGACAUGGGGGUGCCGAGACGAUUCCCCAUUACGUCAUAUUUAAUUCGUAGCAGUGGUUCAAAUAACUCGACUGCUAAAAUUUGGGAAAUAGGAGUAAGAAAGGACGCGGCAUUAAAAGACAACAUGAGCUCUUUUGGCUGGAUACUGACCUCUCUAAGUUCCUCCAAGUACUAUGGUACGUGAACUAUCUCAUGACACCUGAUAAUGGGAACCAAUGUGGCAAUUUAUGGGCGUCUUUAACUUUCUGCAUUUUGCUUGCCUGUCCAGCCCUAUCAAUGAAACGUCCCUUCUUGUGCCGAAAUUGUGUUUACGUUAUUAUAUCCAGCAAAAUGUUAAUACAUUUUAACGAAAAUGGACGUUGCAAUAUACAGUGAGGGACCAAUCUCGGGAAAUGUUGACCGAAAUUUUGAAAUGCGUUUUUGGUUAGGGAGGAUUACUUAGGUACGGUUACAAUAUGGCUUAUUAUGCGACAUAAUCUGAUAAUGUUUCGUACUUGCCAGGAUGUCCGCUUUUGAAUACACUCUGUUUUGACCUCCUGUAGAAACCGCAUUCGGUAAUAAUUGACUACCUUAGAAGCAUGUAGUUUUCACAUAGAUUUUUGAUGGUCAUAUUAAUUCAAAUAUAUUUUAUAGAAAACAUGCAUAAAAAUGUGCUUUCGUUUACUCCUUUGGUGGGGAAUCACGUUGCCUUUAAAUUGUGUACCUUAAGAAAGGAUACAUUUAGGUUUUGAAAAAGUUUCUGCAUGCCAGAAUUAUUUUGAGGCUGAUCAGCCGUUGCAUUAGCUUUUAGCGAUUUCAGUUCACAAGGUGAUUGCUUUCGGCGUAAGGAAAAUUAUAAAUUCCCCUAUACAGUGCGUGACCGAUUUCAUGAAAUGUUGGCCGAAAUUCAGAAAUGCGUUUUCGAUUAGGAAGGAUUACUUAGAUGGGGUUGUAAUAAUGAUAAGUAUGCAGCCUAAGCCUACAGAAUUUCGGACUGACUGGCUUUUGCUGGAGCUUCUUUUCGCUCACCCUGCAGAAACCACACUCGGUAAAAACUGACUACUUAAGUAGCAUGCAUUUUUCCUAUUGAUUUUCGAUGGUCUUGUAAAUUCAAAUAUAUUUUAUAGAAAACAUGCGCAGGACUAUGCUUUCUUUUACUCCUUCGGUAGAAAAUCACAUUGUCUUGAUAUUUUACACCCGAAGAAAGCGUAUAAUUAGGUUCUAAAAAAGUUUCUAAUUAUGAGAUUUUUUAGACCGUUAGAUGUCCUUGCAUACAGGACCGCUUAUGUCUGUUUACCAGUUCUCCUAACGAAAUUCAACCCGGAUCCAUUACGAAAUUUUAGGAACUCUGUGUGGUACCUUCUAAAAGGCAUAGAGGAAUAUAUGAUUUUACUUACGCGGAAAGCGUGCACCUUGUAGAAUGAAAUCACCAACGGCUAAUGCAAUGGCAGAUCAGGCUCAAAAUUAUUCGGGAAAGGGAAAACUUUUUUAAAUCCUCAAUAUACACCUUCUUCGGGUAAAUCGCUAAAAGCUAUUGCAACGGCUGAUCAGCUUCAAAAUUAUUCUGGCAUGCAAAAACUUUUGCAAAACCUAAAUUUAUCCUUUCUUAAGAUACACAAUUUAAAGACAACGUGAUUCCCCACCAAAGGAGUAAACGAAAGUAUAUUUUUAUGCAUGUUUUCUAUAAAAUAUAUUUUAAUUUAUACGACCAUCAAAAAUCAAUGUGAAAAAUACAUGCUACUAAGGUAGUCAACUAUUACCGAAUGCGGUUUCUACAGGGGGUCAAAGCAGAGUGCACUCAAAAGCUGACAUCCUGUCAAGUACGAAACAUUAUAGGAUUAUGCCGCAUAAUAAUCCAUAUUGUAACCAUACCUAAGUAAUCCUCCCUAACCAGAAACGCAUUUCAAAAUUCCGGUCAACAUUUCAUGAGAUCGGUCACUCACUGUGUUCGUGCGAUUUCCUAUGCUGACGCCUGUCAUAGACUUCGGUUGCGCAUUUAGGCGCGUCUUUUUUUGAUAGGUAAGUAAGUUACCCGCGAGAGUUUUAAUAAACAGAUUUAGCCGAACGUAAACAAUUAUUUAUAUCCGAUGUUAACUGUGGUAAUCUGCCUCCUAACACAAAGGUUAUUUUAAGAAAAAACAGAUGUUCUGUCUAUUUUUAGAAGCCAGAUUAGCAUAUCUGUGCGAUUUCAUGCCCUGGAGUGCCGUAAUAACGCAGACAAGGAUUCCGUUAUUUAAAUAGGCUUGAAUUGUUUUGCCGUUUGGAAAACGCCACAUGAUGUCACAUAGAUGAUCACCGCCGAACGGUCACAUCCAGUUUUAAACAUAUGAAACAUUACUUGUUAUACAGUCUAGCUUUUGCACAUAACUUUUUCAAGGGUGGAAGGAGAAAAACAUUAACAGUUUCAUCAAGAUAUCAGUAUUUAUUUAAGCACUCUGCCGUGUAUUCGAAAUCGCAAAACGGAGUCUAAAAGUGAGCAAAAACACUGGGAGUGGCCGAAAUACAUAGAGAAAGACAUGUUCUUACGUUCACGGUAAAAAAAUAUUAGUACGUUUUAGGAACGUGGAAGAAACGGCUAAAAGUGUCAAAUUAUUUUUUGGCCUUACCGUGCAAAGAUGAAAAGUGCACAGAGAUCCGUCAAUGAAGUGUUGUACUAAAGCAUUUCCUAAAGAGAUAAAUUAUAAUAGAAAGUUUUCUAAUUGACUGAAGGCGAAUUCGUCGCUAGCAUUUGUUGUGCACGGUCAUUAUAUUCGGAAACGAAGUUUCACCUUUGAAUGAGUCUUCAAAUGUGACCCGAAAGACAUCCUUUAUGAACAAAAGCGCCCAGACGCUCGCUGAUUCGGUUAAUGCUUUCAAAAAGUGUCUUAUUUUAAUUUUUUUUAACAGACAGAUAAUAAGUAAUCUGUCUUUACGGGCAACUGGGGAAAACACUGAAAAUCAUAAAGUAUUCAACAAUAUUUCAAGGCCGAUCUGAAUCUCGGUGCAAUUCGAAACGAAUCAGAAGUGCAAAUUAAUUUAAAUGAAGAAACGUUCCCUCCAUAAACACAAACUGGUAUGUUUACGAUCUAGACUGUAAAUUCUAUUUAAAUUUAUUAGUCACAGAUCGGCCUGACAGCAUGUGACCCUAUAAAAACUUUUGCUCCUACGACGUCUCCAUCGGCGAAAUCAAGCAACGCUCUGUUUCUCUUGUUCAACCGAAUCUCAAGCAAUCCAAACGAGUAAAGAAUAUAACGAAUCCCGGGAAAACUGCUUUGAAACGUCUACUCAGAAUGUACGCUGUUUAAAAACCGGCAUAUAUGGAAUUUCACUAAUUCUUAGAGGACAGUUGGAUGCAAACUUCACUAAAACACUAUUAUUAGGCGUUAUUUUAUUUCCAUUUUCAAAGUUAUUUCACUUUCCCCAUGAGAAGACAUUUUUAUGCCUAAAACCGAAGUUUACCUAAUUGCGGCCAUUUUUGAAGUUUUAAGGAUUUUGCGCCGUUCUGAAAAACGGCAUUUCGAAGCAACACAAUACUGCCUUAAGCAUUUAUUUUAUGUCUUUUAUUCUUUCGAAGUUGUACUUAGUUGACAUAUAUAUAUUGGAUCCAUUAACUGGUGUCAAUUUGCGAGUGAUUUGCAAUCAAUUGUAAAUUUCAACACCUUUCAUGAAUUAUGUCACGUACUGUACGUUAGGCAAAAGACUGUGAUAUCUGAAUAAGCGGCUAGCUGAGCAUGAGACAUAAACCUGGUGAUUCUUCAGAGCGGUUUUGACCUACUGAAUGUAGUCUGUCGAAUUGCGAUGGUCGAAAGGGUCCCAAAUCACAAAAUAUGUAAGACAGAGUUAUUGGACAGUCUUUUGCUGCGACAGAAGAGUGUACAGGCAGCCUAGCAAACAAUUGCAGCCAGCCAUCUAUUAAUUUGUGCUUGCGUGUCCAGAAAAAAAAAUUGCCAAACACGUAAGGGAAUAACUUUGUUCGUAGACACGGAUGACCGAACACGCGGCAGCAGUGCAAUCAACUGACGUUAGCUCGCAUAUCGCGAGUUAUUUGGCGGACCCGGUCACGUAUUGAAGUUCGAUAAAGGCGAAAUUCUCGGGAGCGGUGACAAUUAUGCGAGCUGCAACCUACUUGAGUCAUGAGUUACUGACUCCUAGUCUACUAACCUCCCUCCUCUGCAUUUUCUUCAGAGGCUUAGACUAGGCAGAGUAAUUAGCCAGCAUCGGUGGGCCAGCUGGUGGAGUAAUCAUCGCGCCAGCAUGAAAAACGGGUGACGAGAUCGCAGCGGUUAACGACUUGAAUGUCAAUCAUCCAUCGAUUAUCGCACCAGAGGCAACUAUAGUUUAUGAAGGAGGAAGACGUUAAUUUUGACAGUAGCGUCUGCCUCCUAUGGACACUGCAACCCCGUGCGCGUGAAGUAUCCGUACCUGAUGUUGUAUUCGGGCGUGAAUCCGAAACGCUAGCCAAAUAAAAGCAUUGUUUCAGCUAUCGCGUUUACUUCUUCACUGCCUCCUGGGUCUCGUAUUUUCGCUUGUAUCGAUAGUGAGUUAUCACUUUCGCCACGUGUUCUGAUUGCGCAAGCUCUCCGAGAUAGGUACUCAUGGCUCGUACCAGAACUCGGUCAACGCAUUAUGUCGUUCAUACUGCAGACCCUCCACCGGUCACAAAACAGCCCAUGGACUGCUGCAGAGAUCAGGAAAUUUGUUGGUGAGGAUCAUUUAUCUUCUACAUGAGUUAAAAGUUAAAAUUACCGUAAUAACUGACUUUCGCCAGUCAUCAAAGUGAGGAAUUGAUACAAGCAGGUUAAAAGUCUACCCCUUGGAUUAAAAAUUCAGCGGGGGCACGAUAUUUUAUGUCACGCUCUAACCUACUAUUUGCAAAUUUUAGAGGUAAUGGAAAUAAGUUAAUUUUUUCAAGUGAAUGAGAAAAAACAUUUUACCAAAAACCGUCUCACUUUUCAACCAGCUAUAUAAAGUAUCUUGUUAUCAAUCAUCCUCACUCAACUUAUAAUUAAGUUUCAUAAAAGGGACUUAUUUUGAUGCAAAUAACGCUGAGAGUCCAGUGUUUACGUCAUUGAUGUUUCCAAAAGGAGUUCUGCGCACAAGGUGCUGCAGAGAUCUGAAGAAAGGAUAACCGGUUGGCGAACCAUCUGGUAAAUAGAUUUAAUAGGGGCAACGUUCCCACCCAAAUCUCUGAUCUUGUCCUAGGUCUGUCGGACCGAAUGCCAUAUCGCGUUGCCAUGCGACAGAAUCACAGCUCUCCUAUUGAUUGGCGAUGAAUGUUGAGCGGCAAGAGCUUAGUUCAAACGGUUAAACAAAUCAGAUCUGCUGACUACGAUUUGAUCUCGUUUGAGUGACUCAAAUUUAAGUAUGCUUACUAUAUGCCACCUAACACAAGACCUUUUGGGCUAUGCGCCUGAAUUAAGCGCAGAAACUGAUGUCUGGUCCGUGGAAAGUCACCUACGUUUGCGCUUGUUAUAAAGUGAAGGAUCUAGUAGUCAUCUCAAAUGUAAAUUCGACAAGGGAGGGGUUCGCUUUCAUGUCCGUUUAGCAAAAAGAUACAGAUUGUUGAAGGUCGGGCUUCGUUUUCUAUCGAAAGUUGGCGUGAGAAUCAAGCUUCUUGUCAACUGAACCCCCACCUGAUAAUUCCUCGAUGGUCUGACAGCGUACAGCGACGAGCAGGACUGCCUUCAGAUUUCAUGUCUCACAUUUUGCAAGACCCAAUCUAGGAAAAGAAAUUUACAUGAAAAUCUCAAAGGCAAAACCGAACUGAUUUACUAAGACAGCAGUCAGCUUAAUGUGUCGGAUUUGGUGGAUUACAGAUGUUGCGGUAGGUUGGGAGGGUAACUAAACUCGAGUGUGAUUAAACUUACGUCUUCUGAUGGGGCUUCGUAGCUCAGGUGGCUAGAGCGUUGGCUGUACUAAGGCCAACCCCAACUGUCAUGAGUUUGAGUCCCACCGGGUUGGGUCAGUAUCAAUAAUUCAAAAUCUGCCAUGACAUUAAUGGAAAACAUAGAGUAGGUGGGCUAACUCGUGAAAUGUCAACUAAAAUUCCGGAACGCGCUUGCGUUUCGAUAAGGUUAAUUAAGUAGGGCUGCAAAACCUAGAAAAUCAUGUCUUCUUACGAUUUUAUUCGCGAAGGAAAACUAUAGUUCCGUCUUGACAAAGUUUCUAAUUGUGAGAUUUCUUAAAACCGUCAAAUGGCCGUUCAUAACACGUCAUGCUUCUGCAUUUAACAACAGGGCUUGUUAAGUUAGCAAUAGGGUUCUAGAGCGGGGUUAGCAACUGUGGCCGGCCCCCGUCACUGCUCCGCCCACCGUCCUAAUUUCGGGACUCUGGCGACGCGGCCUCACGCGGCGUCGUCACGACGGCUCCUGGCCCUAAUCCACGUCACCGUACCCUCCGCCCACACCCUAGACGCAUUAACCUGCAGUCGCUCGAAUGGCUUCAGCACGCAUAUGCAAACGUUCGUCUAGACAAUCACUGUAAUCCCUGCAUCACGUGAUUUAACACAACCAGCUUGAACACUGGCAAACGUGUCCUGGCACUAAAGCAUGCAUAGAUGCAGACAAAAGCAUUUUCUCUACCUCUACGGCAUGACUUAACCCCGACCGUGCCAGCGGGCACUGACACCUGAGAUACUGCCUCCCCUCCGUGACCUGCAUAGAAUAAGUGUCUCACAAACGCCUGCUAUUUAUGAGAUUUUUUAAGACCACUCAAUGCCCAUUAAUACAACAGCGUACAUCUCCUUUUGUCAUUGCUCCUCAUGAAAUGUACAACAUGGUCCGCAUCCAUUGCGAAAUCGUAUCGAAUCUAUCUGGUAUCUGUUUAAAGGCAUAGAAGAAUAUAUGAUUCUGCUUGAGCGGAACGCAUGCACCUUGUAGACUGAAAUAACUAAAUCCUAAUGCAACGGCUAAUCAGGCUCCAAAUUAUUCGGGAAUUGAAAAAAAUUCUUAAAACCUAAUAACACACCGUCUUCGAGUAUAAAAUAUGAAGACAACGUAAUUUUACAUCAAACGAGUAAAGGAAAACAUACAUACUUUUGUUCAUGUUUUUUAUAAAUUAUAUCUGAAUAUCUAAGACCACCGCAAAUCAAUGGGAAAAAUGCAUGCUACUUAAUAGUCAUUUUUCACCGAGUGAGGUUACGAUUGAAGACAGAAGACGAGUGCAAUCAAAGGCAGACAUCUUGCAGAGUCCGACAUAUGAGGGGAUUAUGCCGCAUGAAAAUAUGUAUGAGAACCCCACUUACGUCAUCCUUCAUAGUCGGAAACGCAUUUUGGGAUUUCGGCUAACAUUUCAUGAGAUCGGUCAAUCACUGUACCUCACAUCCGCCUGCUAAACGAGACUCAGCCUGCCGACUGCAACGCACCAUUUCCUGAUCCCUGCACAAUGUAUAGACUGCUGCCGAGAUUAGGAAAUCAGGUUAGCAAACGUAAGAGAUCAGGGUCGAUAAUCUGAGAAAAGUGAAUUGCCCACCGGAUCAAGAGGAUUGCAUUGCUGAUGUCUCGGAGAGCUUGGAGGGCUCUCCAUUAUCGAAGCGGUAAGUGCAAAAAAUCUGACAGAAUUUUGAGAAGACGGUCGAAUUAGUUGGACUUGGGCUGAUCGAUGUUUUUCUUCGCUGCCUUUGCCUACUGGCGGUCGUUUGUGAAUGCUGGUGGACUCCUGUGUUGUGUGAGGUCAUCUCAAUUGGGGUCGGUUGUUACUGUGUUCCCCUUUUUGGUGAAUUAGUGGACGGGCUGAGCUUGCCCUGUACUAUUGAGUUCCGUGUGAUCGUCUUGUCCUGGACUCAGAGAAACAUGAGACCUCAUCUUCGAAAUAACUGAAAGUCAACAAAAAAGUCAGUAAAGACUGUGACUUCGAGCAAAACGAAUACAUGCUCCAAUACGUUACCGUUUCAAGGAGCGCCGUAAUAAUGCGUUUCGUAAAAUGAAGUGCAAAACAUAGUCCGUAACCUUUGCAAAAGUCUAUAGACUCUAUAUCAUAUAUUUUUAAAGACAUAGAAGAACAUGUGAUUUUCUUCAGGCGGAACGCAUGCACCUUGUAAACUGAAAUCAUUAGGCGUUAAUGCAACGACCGAUCAGGCUCCAAAUAAUUCGUUAAAUAGAAAAUUUUCCAAACUUAAUGAUACAACUUUUGCGUAUAAAAUAUAAACAUGACGUGAUUCUCUAUCAAAUGACUGAACGAAAGCAUAUUUUUGUUCGUGCUUUAUAUAAAAUAUAUUUGAAUUUGCAAGACCAUCAAAAAUCCCUUGGUAAGGUGCGUGCUACUUAAGCAGUCGCUCUUUUACCAUAUAUGGUUUCUACAGGAGAUUGAGAAGCAGUAUAUUCAAAAGCUGACAUCCUGUGGAGUCGGAAAUAUCAUUGGAUUAGGCCACAAGAUAAUCAAUAUUAUAACCGCGACUAAGUAAUCCUUCCAAAUCAAAACCGCAUUUCAAAAUUUCAGUCAACAUUUCAUGAGAUCGGUCACUCACUGUAAAUGCUUUACCUCGGGGCUUUAACUGGUGUUUCGAUGGUCUCCUUGACAGCGUGAGGCAUCUUCUGGGAUCUGAUUUCGUCAGAGAGUCCCUCAACCGUCCCCAUUUGGCUUCCAGUAUAGCUCUGGUUCACAAGGCAUGUAACAAGUACAAGUACUGACAUCGGCCGGCAGAAACUUUGGAAUAUGGUAGAGGGACGCUCACCGAUCCUUCUUACGGAAUUCACUCGUCCCGUUGUGCCUUACUUGCUCUCUCUCGAGCCCAACUAGCAGCUGCACAGCGACGCAUGGCAUAGGCAGGAUGUUAUGGAUUAUGUACUGAAAUAGCCCACAUUCCCCUUCUCUGCUUACGUAAUCAGUUUAGCAAAACAUGUCAGGCCUUCCGAUGAGGUACCUCCAAAUGCGAACGGACUCCGUAACUUAGAGUAAGCAUGCUCGCCCAUUUCCGAAGUGUGCUAAGGAUGUGGAAGAGAAACUUUUUCAAAUCUGACCGAGGAGAUGUGCUGCACACUGCGCAAAGCUCUUCUCACCUCCAUUUAACAGCAACCAGUUUACUGAUGAUAUACUGAAUGUUGACCAAAGAUCUGUGCCUCAUUCAGUUCGUGUACUUUCACAAAUUAACGUUUCUCAGACGACAGGACCUUUCUCGUUUUUGGUACUCCCGCCAUCCUGAAAUAAAUACUAAUUUCGUACCGACGUGAUACCGCUCCUAUUAUGUCUUUCGUGUUCAAAUAAGUAUUUUGAUGGGACAACCUUGACCGAUUUUGAGGUAUUGGGAACCUUUAGUGAAUACAACCAAGUUUACACUUCCGCAUUGCUAACUGUUACCUGUUAAACUACUGACAAAUGUUGCCUUGGGAAGUGUAAAAUGAUAGUGCAGGUAGAGUUGGGCGUCGGAAUUGAUAGACUGCACAAAUUGUGGUUUUUCAACUCCCUGAUCGACACUUAUGGCACUGAAUCUCUACUCGAGGCCCUAGACCGUACAAUCCCCGAGUUAAGAUUGACAUUAAGAGAGUGAAACCAUAGGCGUGCUUUUCAGCAUGUUGAAAGUAAACUAUUUUUUUCAUUUUUAAACAGUCAUAGUGUCCUCCCUUCGCUGUUGGAUAGAAAAUUACUGUGGAAACCUCCCGAAAUUCCUCAAUUUCUUUUGCAAUAUAAUAGUUAAAAGAUAGAAAGGUGCUAUCAAUAAAAACCUGGAACGACCAGCUGAGGCUUAUCUGUCACUAAGACCUACCCACCGGACAGAUCUAAGCAAGAGGAAUCUGCUGAUGGAACGCAGGCUCUUUGGUUGAUCCACCAAAGUCUGUAUGGUCUGGCAUAGACAGUCUGCCAACCGCAGCAGGGAAUAUUGCUAGUCCGCAAGAGUGCCGUUCAACUUGUCGCCAAAGGAGCUGACGGAGGAACAAAUGCAGGUAUUACGGCAUGAGGCCUCAUUCAACACAGCCGAUUCAAAACCUGCCAACAUGAGUCCAGCAGUGGAAUCAAUCAUCAGCCAGACGGAAGCGACAGAAGAAAGGAAGGACAUCAUUUGACACCAAGUAUCUUCCCUCCUCAUGGCUCAUAGGCCGUGCGACGUGCUUUCCAAGGUCGAGCGCCGUGCACUUAGGGACCUCAGGGCCGAGAACGACCUCGUUAUCGUGCCUGCGGACAAGGGGUGUUCCACGGUGUUAUUGGGCAGGACAGUCUACGAUCAGAAUGUCAAAAAAUUGUUGGAGGAUCGUCAGUCCUAUGUCCCAUACGAAUCUAACCCCAUACAAACGCUGACACGCGAGAUUAACGUGGAACUGUUAGCAAUGGAGAACUCAGGUGCAAUAACGCCAAUUAAGCGACGCAUGGCGAGAGCACAAAAAACGACCCUAGCCCGAUUCUACGCUCUCCCAAAAGUACACAAAGUGGGCGCUCCUCUCCGGCCAAUCGUAUCACUAAAUGACACUCCAACCUAGGGACUGGCAAAGUGGCUGUUCCAACGUCUCAAGUUUUUGACCUCCGAUGCAAACACCACAGUCACCUCGUCAACGCAAUUCUUGGAGAAACUUAAAGGAGUAAGUCUCCUGCGAAGCGAUAUCAUGGUUUCAUUUGAUGUCACGUCCCUUUUUACUUCUGUCCCGCAGGACCUGGCAGUCGACGCCAUCGAACUACGCCUACGGGAGAAAAACGACGAGACGGAGAAUCUUCUCGGACAAGCCCAAAUAAUUCAGCUACCGAAAUUCUGUCUCAAGACGCACUUUACGUUCGACGGAACAAUUUACGAGCAGGUGAAGGGAACGCCAAUGGGAUCGCCGAUUUCGGGACUCAUAGCCGAGGCGGUCCUUCAACGGCUGCAGUCGGUGGUUUUCCGACACCACAGACCGAAAUUCUGGGCUCGGUAUUUGGAUGAUACCUUCGUCGUCAUCGAAUGGAUUCAGGUGCUGACAUUCAAAGAACAUCUCAACGCCGUCUUCCCGGACAUUCAAUUUAGGAUGGAGGUGGAGGAGAACAAUCAGCUGGCCUUCCUGGAUGUCCUCAUCUUCCGCAAAGAUGCUAGUGGCCCAAAAGCCAAAGUUUUCAGGAAAGCGACAAAUACGACGCCAAUACUGAACUUCAACAGCAGCCACCCGAUCAGUCACUAUCGAAAUUGUGUAUGGGCGCCAUUCCGGCGCCUUGACACGCACUGA